AUGAUAGUUCUCACCAUCAGGACUACAGAACCCAUCCUGCCCAACUCGCCUAGGGGUGUUAAAUAUGAUCUCCCCGAGCUGGAGAAGUUUGAUCUUUACCGAAUGACCCCAAAAAAUCUUUUUCGCAAGGAAGAAUUGGUGGCUUCCCAGGCUGAUACGUCUCACCACGCGCUCAGCCUGGCCGACAAAGUCCUCUGCUUGGAGCUCAAACUGAAGGAGCUGCAGGACGAUCUCCAGAAGGAGCUGUCAGGUAUGGCCUUUAUUACGUAUAUUUUGCUGGCUGGAAUGGCGCUUGGGAUACAGAAAAGGUUUUCCCCGGAAGUCCUCGGGAUGUGUGCCAGCACGGCCUUUGUGUGGAUGGUGAUCGAAGUCCUCGCCCUUCUUCUGAGUCUCUACCUUGCAACCGUCCAAAGUGAUCUGGGCACGUUUGAUCUUCUGGCUUACUGCGGCUACAAAUAUGUUGGGAUGAUCCUCACGGUGGUCGGGGGCUUGGUGUUUGGCCUCAACGGCUACUACAUCACUCUGGCGUGGGCUUCCUGUUCUCUUAUGUAUUUCAUGGUUCGCUCUCUACGGAUGAAGAUCCUUACUUCCGUGGUGCAAGACGGACUGAGCCGGACCACCGGCCGGGCGCAGAUGUACGUCACGCUAGGCGCCGCUGCCUUCCAGCCCUUAGUUCUGUACUGGUUGACGGCGCAAUUGGUGCAUUAAACAGAGGAGAUGAGA